CCAAGAGAGGGCAAUAGCAACAAGGUCAGUGGCCUUUAGUGAGUGUGAGAGUAGUGAGUAGAUAGAGAAACCAAAAAAAAAAAAAAAAAUGGCCUCCAAAGCUCUCUUCUUCUUUGCUUUGUUAUCCUUCUCAGCUUUAGCUUUUGCUGAAAAUGAAGAUCAAGACCCUGGUCUUGUUAUGAACUUCUACAAGGAUUCUUGCCCUCAGGCUGAGGAAGUUAUCAGAGAACAAGUUAAGCUUCUCUACAAGCGCCACAAGAACACUGCAUUUUCUUGGCUCAGAAACAUCUUCCAUGACUGUGCUGUACAGUCAUGCGAUGCUUCAUUGUUGCUGGACUCUACAAGAAGAAGCCUGUCUGAGAAGGAGAUGGACAGGAGCUUUGGAAUGAGGAACUUCAGGUACAUUGAGGACAUCAAGGAAGCUAUUGAGAGGGAGUGCCCUGGAGUUGUUUCCUGUGCUGAUAUUCUUGUGUUGUCUGCCAGAGAUGCCAUUGUUUCGCUAGGAGGGCCUUUCAUUCCUCUCAAAACAGGAAGAAGAGAUGGUAGAAAGAGCAGAGCAGAAAUCCUAGAAGAAUACCUCCCAGAUCACAAUGAGAGCAUGACUGUUGUCCUGGACAGAUUUGCAGCCAUGGGUAUUGACACCCCUGGAGUUGUUGCUCUUCUAGGAUCUCACAGUGUCGGCAGAACCCAUUGUGUGAAGCUGGUGCACCGUUUGUACCCAGAGGUUGCACCCGAGCUGAACCCUGACCAUAUUCCACACAUGCUCCAUAAGUGUCCUGACCCAAUCCCAGACCCUAAGGCUGUCCAGUAUGUGAGAAAUGACCGUGGCACACCCAUGAUUCUAGACAACAACUACUACAGGAACAUUUUGGACAACAAGGGCUUGCUUAUUGUGGAUCACCAACUGGCCACUGACAAGAGGACUAAACCUUAUGUGAAGAAAAUGGCCAAGAGCCAAGCCUACUUCUUCAAGGAAUUUUCAAGAGCCAUUACUCUACUUUCUGAGAACAACCCUCUCACUGGUACCCAGGGUGAGAUCAGAAAGCAGUGCAGUGUUGCCAACAAGCUCCACUAGAAGCUAUAUGUACAAGUUGUUCUACUUCUAGCUAGCUAGCUAUCAAAUUCUCUUUCUUGUGAUGGAGAAGAGUGUGCAAGUAGCUAGCAAAAUAAGAUGGCUUUUUUUAGAUCAUGGGUAUGCUUUUAGUGGGCAGUAAUUUCUGUGUUCAUUUCAUGCAUGCUCUAUUACUUAGACUAUUAGUGUCUUUUUUUUCCUAUGUUUCUUGUGAGAGGUUGAAGAUGUUAGUAAUGAGUAUGGUGGAUGUGGUAUGCAUGAAUGUGUAUGAACUGAUGGUGGGGAAGGUGUAUGUAUGGUAUGGUGCAAGGAUGACAAUGAUGAUGUAUAAUGGAUGAUUUAUGCCUUAUAAGCUUUUCAAAUAUAAUGUUAA